UUACAGCUAAACAGUAACUCCACGCCAGUAGCGGUCAGCAGAAAAUUCAUUUACAACGCAAAUCCAAAUCAAAAGUGAAGAGAUAAAAUAAAAAUCCUCACCGGAGCUUUACAUACAGCCUCCUGUAUGUAUAUGCGGUUUUAGAGAGAGAGGGGGGGUAAGAGAGAUCUAAGUUCAACGGCUUCAACCUUCUCUCUCCAGAUCAGCUCAAAUUUGUAUCUCGAUGUGUCUUUUCGGCUGCAGUAAUAGUGGAAAUUGAGAUCGAGAUUUGCUGGGGUUUUGUUGUGACGGAAUUUAGCUUAAAGCUGUGCAAUGUUGAAGAAGAUGUAUAGUGGAAAACUUGGAAUUUUGAUGUAGAAGUUAGAAGCUUUGUGCAGUAAUUCUGGAUCUUUAGGAGCUUAAACCUCAGAAAAUAUUUGACACUUUUUUUGGAAUAAGAUUGUGGAUAGUUUGAGCUGCAUUUUUUAAGGAAAGUGGGAAUAGAGGAAAAUCCAAUGGAAGAAUUGUCAAAAUAUGCACAUAGUCCUGCCCAUUUGGCAGUAGUGCGGCGUGACUAUGCCACAUUGAAACGGAUUGUUUCUGCCCUUCCUAUGCUGGCAAAGGCGGGGGAGGUGACUACUGAGGCUGAUUCAUUGGCUGCUGAACAGGAUGCUGAUUCUGUGUCUGCAGUGAUUGACAGACGGGAUGUUCCAGGCAGGGAAACUCCUUUGCACCUUGCAGUGCGCCUUCGUGAUGCAACUUCAGCUGAGAUUUUGAUGGCAGCAGGUGCUGAUUGGAGCCUUCAGAAUGAGAAUGGAUGGAGUGCUCUCCAAGAGGCAGUUUGUAGUAGAGAGGAGAACAUCGCUAUGAUCAUUGCCCGGCAUUAUCAGCCUCUUGCCUGGGCCAAAUGGUGUCGUAGACUUCCUAGGAUUGUGGCAUCGGCAGCCAGGAUUCGUGACUUUUAUAUGGAGAUAACCUUCCACUUUGAGAGCUCUGUUAUACCCUUUAUUGGGAGAAUUGCACCAUCAGACACUUAUCGAAUAUGGAAACGGGGUUCCAAUCUCCGUGCAGAUAUGACCCUUGCAGGGUUUGAUGGGUUUCGUAUUCAACGGUCUGAUCAAACAUUUCUCUUCCUUGGAGAUGGGUAUUCUUCAGAAGAUGGCAAUGUAAGUUUGGCUCCUGGCUCUUUGAUAGUGCUUGCCCAUAAGGAGAAAGAAAUAACAAAUGCUUUGGAGGGAGCUGGUGUUCAACCAUCGGAAGCUGAGGUUGCUCAUGAAGUGGCCCUGAUGUCUCAAACCAAUAUGUAUAGACCAGGAAUUGACGUUACUCAGGCUGAGCUUGUUCCCCAUUUGAAUUGGAGAAGACAGGAGAGGACUGAGAUGGUUGGAGCUUGGAAGGCCAAGGUUUAUGAUAUGCUUCAUGUGAUGGUAAGCGUGAAGUCAAGAAGAGUUCCUGGUGCUAUGACUGAUGAGGAGCUCUUUUCUGCAAAUGAUGAUGAUAGAACUGCAAAUGGGGGUGAACAUGAUGAGUAUGAUGAGGUCUUGACGGCUGAGGAAAGAAUGCAGUUAGAUUCUGCUCUUCGCAUGGGAAACUCUGAAGACCUUGGUGAGGAUGAGGAACCCAAGGUUCUUGAUUGCCAUGAAAAUUAUGAUGGGGGUUCAUAUGAAAGUUGUGAAUCCAGUGGUGUGACAAAAGAGAAGAAAAGUUGGUUUGGCUGGAACAAAAAAGGUUCCAAGAAUUCUGGAGAUGAUCCCGAGGAUUCAAAGAUUCUGAAGAAGUUCUCAAAGUUGACACCUGAUGAUAACAAGCAGCGAUCCAAUGACAGCCGCAGAUCAUCAUCUGAGUUUCCUAGGGAAGAUACGGGAGACCUUAAAAAGUCCAAAGAUAAAAGCAGCAAGAAGAAAAAGAAGAAAGGGGCCACGAGUGAGCCAAAAAGUGAAAGUGAGUAUAAGAAAGGUCUAAGACCUGUUUUGUGGUUGACACCGGAUUUCCCUUUGAAAACAGAAGAAUUGUUGCCUUUGCUUGACAUACUGGCUAACAAGGUAAAAGCUGUCAGAAGACUGAGGGAGCUUUUGACUACUAAACUUCCUCCUUGCACGUUUCCUGCCAAGAUUGCCAUCCCAAUUGUCCCAACUAUACGGGUUCUGGUAACGUUUACAAAGUUUGAGGAGCUUCAGCCAACAGAGGAGUUCUCAACCCCUCUCUCAAGUCCAGCGCAUUUUCAAGAUGCAAAGUCUAAGGAGUCGGAGGGCUCUACAUCAUGGAUUUCAUGGAUGAGAGGAAGUGGCGGAGCGCAAUCAAUUGAUAGUGAAAAUCGCAGCUUCCGAGAUGAGAUUGACCCUUUCCACAUACCAGCUGAUUAUGCAUGGGUUGAUGCCAAUGAGAAAAAACGUAGAAUGAAGGCUAAGAAAGCAAAGAACAAGAAACAUAAAAAACAUGCUACAACUAGAAAUCAAGAAAAUACAAGACAGUUGAGCGAGGAUAUUGAGGAAUAAUGGCAACAAAGAUCAAGGUUGGCUGAAGCUCACGGUGGGCAGCAUCUGAAUCCUGUCCUGAUGUCUGACCAUUGUAUUCCCUAGUGAUAUAUAAUAGAAGGCCUGGUUGUUCUGGAUGGCCUCAUUUGUUGUAUUUUGAGGAUGUUUUAUCUUCUUCAAUUGUUGUAUUAAUGUUAUUUGAUGUGGGAAUUGAAACAAGACAAUCUAUUUUUUCCUAAGCUCGUUUCAAAUGUGUAUUCGUUUUCUAUUCUGACUAGAAAUCAUUUUUAAAUUAA